AUGACGACGUCCGACUUCUGGGACGUGCAUGUCAGAAAGUACGGCUUUCCCAGCCUCCGGUGGACGUGGGUCUGCGAGGGCCGGUUUGAGACGAGCAACGGGGAGGCGCAGAUGCGGCCCGCUAAGAUAAUGGGCCAGCCAUACAGAUACUCGAGGUACGGAGAGCUCAACCGGAGCAUGAAGACCGUGGCGCAGAGACUGCGCAAGAGGCGCCUCGACCUGAAGAGGCUGCGGCCGUGGUACGCCCAAGAGUACGCCUUUUGGUCCAGGACUUUGUACGCCGAGACAAUGUUGCGGUCUGCGCUGAGGUUGCUGUCGCAAACGCUCUGCGGCCACUCCUUCCAGCACGAAGCCAAUGCGAAUGAUUUCAUCAAUAAGCUCUUAAAGCCGCACAACCGGCUAUCCGACCUGGAGGCAGCCCGGCCCGAGAAGGCGAGGACGUCCAAGAUGUUCUACCACGCCAUGGGGUUCCUCGCCCAGGCGGUGCUACCCGUCCGGACGGGGACCAUCACAUACAGGGUCAACGGCGUCGUCGAGUACCCAGACAGGUUGCGCCCGGCCCUGAGGCCCACCUUCGCCGGCGACCUCGCGUUCUUGGACCAAGUAAUGAACUGGGGGAAGGCGGCGGCGGACGCGAUGAGGAUCAGGACACUGUAUGACGACGCCACUCCCAGCCACGACAGAGAGCUGUGCAUGAGUAACGCGCGACUGGCCUUCCGCCGCUGGCAAGUGCUGGGGUUUGUUUCCACCCCGGUCGCCAGGGAUUUUGAGCGCGAAUGGGAGCUGCUGAGGCGGCAGAUGGACCAGAGACCCCUCGACGACGCGCGGCUCGACUGGAGCCCCGGGACGUGGCACUUACUGCGUCGCUAUUCCGGAGAAGCGGAACACCAGGUGUCAGCCUUCUUCCGCCCGAGGGAGCAGAUGGAGCAGCAGAGCGAAGGCGUGGACGCCGACAUACCGGCGGGGGCCAUUGCGCGGCCGGCGAUCCCCACCACGCUCAUCGCGACCUCAGGGCCGGCGGCGGCGGCGCCGUGGAUCCCAUACUAUAAUUCCGGCGAGGUCGGCGACCACCAGAGGCUCAAUGGCACAAGCCAGUGGUGUUGCAUGUGGACCGGGCGGGAAAUGGCGAUCUACGACGUGUCCGACCUCCUGGCGGGCGGGUCGUGGACCAAGGCCGCGAGAGCCUACAUUACGCAGCCUGUUCAAAUGCCCUUGUGUCGGGCGGCCCGUCUCGACAGGCUCAGCCAAGUGUGGCUCAACCGGUUUUGUAGGGAGCGUCCCCUCGGCUACGUCGCGGCGGUGCGCAGGAAAGAGGACGUCAGGAUCAACGACGGAAAGGAGGGGAGGCCGCGAUGGGCAAUGGCCGGAGAGGAUGUGUAUGACGUGACAAAUGUCGAACUCCUUCCGGAGCUGCAGGACCUGGAAGUCAUUUUCACCGAGGCCUCCCACGAAGACCCCGUCGCCGAGGCCGUCAACCGGGGGUAUCACCCGGAUGUCAUUCAAGCAGCCCUCCGCCCAUACAGGAUCGGCUGGGCCCAGAAGAAAGAACCCGAAGUACUCUAUCGGAUGCAUCACAUAUUCACGGCGAGCGAGGUCAAGUGGCACACGACCCGCGAGACCGGGAUCUAUGUCAUUAUCCGGGGCAAGGUCUACGAUUUCACAAACUUUAUAGAUCUGCACCCCGGCGGGUCGUCCAUCAUCGCCCAGGUUGCCGGGACGGAUGCGACGAGCGUCUGGGACAGGUUCCACAGCAGCCCCAUGACGGACUUUGGCUUCGAUGUUCACCAACACCUGGAGACCCUGGAGAUCGGGAGAGUCGUAGAGGAGCGGUUCGCAACGGUCUUGACGCUGCCGCCCACCGAGAUCUGCAUCCGGAACUACAUCUACAGCAAAGACAAAAUCGAUGCGAACAACAAGAUUCUCGACCUGCUCGACGGCUACUGGGGUACGGACGGCACCGCCGACAUGGAGAAGCCGAACCCCUCCGAGGCGUACCUUCGGCUCUGGGACACUCCCUGGUUCAUCGUCGCCAAGAUGGGCCGCCCGCCGAACAAACUCCCCUACAUGAGUCCCAAGGUUCUGGAGAAAAUGGACGGCAAAGAAAGGCCGGACGGAUUCAACGAGUCGUGGGUGUCUAGCGACUGCAUCGUCUAUAACGUCACUUGUGAGCGCCCACCCCCCUCCCCCUCUUCCCUCCUGCCGCCUCCGCUGACCAAGCCAUUGCGAUUCAGCGUUGAUGACAGGGACCUGAUCGAUUUACUCAUGAAAAACUGCUCGCAUCGUAUCAUCGGCCUGCUCCACACUCCCAAGCGCGGCUUCGACUCUGUAGAAAAGCCCAUCGCGUGGAAGACGUCUUACAGGCGGACGCCGGCCAUUACGCCAAAGCCCGUCCCACAGGCUGGUAGCUCGGCGGCCAUGGCGAUGCCGACCCCAGCGCCGGCGUCAUUCACGGUGCGGCCGCUGCACCGGCUCAGGAAGAAGCGGCAAAAGACCAAUAACACCGGUACUGGAUACCCGUCCCCGAAGCUCAUCGAUUCAGGGCCUCCGAACGCUGCGAAUGACGAGCCAUCGGGCGAACCAAUGGACGAAUCGCCGGAUGGGCCGAAGGAUGACCCGAUUGACAACCCGAUGGACACGAGUCGUAUAGCGGCAAGGACGACCCUGGAGCAGAUGGGGUUUCCAGCGGAACUGGGGACGGGUGCGGGCGGACAUGAAAGGAAGAUAUUAGGCUGGUGA